AUGCGGCUACUUCCACAAAUCAACUACAAGCGCCAAAAACAAGCACUGAGGAACAUAAUGGUAAACAAUUACAAUGAAAAAGAGGAAGAUCUACCUCCACUACUCCAAGGAGACUCUACUGUGAUUUUAUAUUGCAAUAUAAUCAACAUGCGGCUCGUACUUUUCGCCGUGGUGCUUAUUCUACCUGCAUUUCAAGAAGGGUUUUUCUCUGAGGCCAAUGAUGGCUUUGACUGCUUCGGAGUUGUAAUGGAGGGCGGAAGUAUAUUCUGCAAACUCAAUGGAUAUAAACAGGAAAGUCUUUCUUGGACUCCUUACGACUGCAUGGUCGGAUGCAAUGGCCCGAAGGUGCGGUUGCCAGAGUCAGUUUGCCCCCAAGGUGGCUUUGGGGAAUGCGAUGCAAAUGUGAUGGCAAACCUCACAAAUUGGACGGACGCCAUGAAGAUUAGAAAAAGGAUAAUUAUGCGAAAUUGGUGCCUUGGUUAA